UGAGAGAAACCCUAGAGAGAGAAACGGUGAGAGCAAUGGAAGAGGAAAUCAAGUCCGAAUUCAAACGAAGCCAGUUCGACCUCGAAGACGAAGAAGAAAUUCUCAGAAAAUGUGUCACUUUUUGCAUCAACUACGGUCUCGCACCUUCCGAUCUGGUCUCAUGCUGGGAAGCUUAUUACCUCAAUGGAAUGCUGGACGGAUCAAUAGUACAAAAUGCUGAAAUUGAUGGCUUUCUGUUGCAUCUACAAAAUCAGAAGAAAGAGGAUGUUGUAAAGGAAAAGGAGGAAGCUGGCUUGCAUAUGUACUCCAUCGCGGAUGUAGAAAUGAUCUUAAAUAAUGAUGAUGAUACAAUGGACAAUACUCCCGGAACUCCAAUAAAUCACCAUCAAGAUCUUUUUUCUCCUGCACCUGAUUCAACAUCUUUAAUGUACGAGAAUGUUUUAUCUUCUGGAAAACCAUCAAAAUCAAAACUAGAAACACCCUUCUCAAAGCGAACAGAUAGAUUUUUGGUGAAAUUUAAUAUGAACACUGUCCCUGACAUUGAGAAUGGAAAACAAGAACCUAAUCAUGAGAUUGAUGAGGAUGAUGUUGUUAGAAGAGUUCCAAGCCGUAAAAGGUGUUCAUUGGUCAUUCACGGAUCAGGAUCCAAACCAAAUUGCAGAUUCAUGUAUGAUAGACUAGAGGAUAGGCUUAAUGCUAUAGAAAACCGAAUUAGGAAACAUACAAGGGCAUUUGUAGCUUCUGGGAUCCAUGAAGAACCAACAGACCCAACAACUGCUUCACAGAGAAGCAUUUUUGCUGUUGGCAUGAUUUGUUGUGAUGGAGAAGGCCGUUUAAACGAGAAGUCUGUCAUGCUGCAGAGCAGUAUUGAGCAUUCUGGAGGGGAAUGUGUUCGCCUAGAAUUGCACCGUCUAAGCCAUUAUUCAAUUUUUCCUGGCCAGGUAGUUUGUAUUGAAGGGCAUAAUCCUAGUGGGCAUUGCUUCAUUGCAUCUAAUCUGGUAGAUUCUAUACCCACCUCUAUUGCUGAUGAGAAUUUGAAUCCUGCAAAGAAGCAAGCUAUUGAUAAAGAGAAUCAACCAACUGAUCUGCUAUCUAAAGAGAGAGAAUUAUCAAUGAUUAUCGCAGCUGGACCCUUUACUACAACGGACAAUUUGUUGUUUGAGCCUCUUAUGGAAUUGCUGGCAUAUGCAAAACGAAGACCACCACAGUUACUUGUAUUGCUGGGACCAUUUGUUGACUCUGAACACCCAGAAGUUAAGAAAGGAACUGUAGACAAGAGUUUUGAUGAGAUAUUUCAUUUUGAAAUCCUGAGGAAGUUGGAAGAUUAUGUAGAAUGUAUGGGUUCAGCACGUGUUCUUCUUGUUCCAUCUAUACGGGAUGCUAGCCAUGAUUUUGUUUUUCCUCAGCCUGCAUUCGACAUCAAUCUACCUGAUCUCAAAUCUCAGAUAGCCUGCCUUGGUAAUCCUGGAGUCUUUGAGGCAAAUGAGGUUAAGGUUGGUUGCUGCACUGUGGAUAUUCUCAAGCAAAUCAGUGGGGAGGAGAUAUCACGAACUGCAGCAGAUGGAAAGCCCAUUGAUCGCAUGAGUAGACUUGCAAAUCAUAUUCUUAACCAACAAAGCUUCUAUCCACUUUACCCACCAGCAGAAAUUCCCUUGGAUUUUUCGCUUGCUCCAGAGGCCCUUCAACUGUCCUUGGUUCCAGACAUACUAAUCCUACCUUCAGACAUCAAGUACUUUGUCAAGGUGCUUAGUAGCGAAAGUGAAGGGAUAAACCACAACAAAUGCAUAGCUGUCAAUCCGGGAAGACUAGCCAAGGGAGAAGGAGGGGGAACUUUUGUCGAGCUUGAUUAUUAUGGGGGUUCCGACCAAAUUAACGCUUCAAUUGUUGGCAUAUAAAUAUUGGAGAUGCUUUUUUAUCAAGGUAACCACUGAAUUUAGCUAUAGUCGCUGAGGCACAGAAACUGCUUGUCAUGUGUACACCUUACAUAGCUCCUAACCUGCAUCAUGCCAGUUUGUUCAAACGAAAACUGUAAAAAUCAAUCCUUUAAAAACCACACCGGUCGGACUAGCCGUAAAAUUGAUGAAGCAAUUAUUUAUAAUUUGUUACUCGGGAAGUUAUGUUGUUUU